CUCAUGCCGGCCCGUGGCUUCAGCGGCAACACACCGCCGUUGUUCUGCUCAAAUACCACGUACCGAAACACUUUAGACUUGCUCUCUGAUCUUUCUCCUCUCACCUUAGCAGCACCGCCGACUUUUGUACGGUUUCCCUGGCGACGGCCGUGUGCUCUGGGCUGCCGAUGGCGGUUAUGUUGACGUCGUCUAUUCUGUCCAGUACGUUGACGCCAGGUCCGAUCAUGCCUAGCCGGGCCUUAAGACGCAACACACGUCUGGCGGCGUCGUCGAUGCGCGACUGCGGUACGGUGCCAUUUCUGACAGUCUGGAGAGUGUUCUGGAUAAACUUGGAGUAGUGAUCGCCACCCACCGUGGAGAGGAGGAACAUGUCAAUCUGAUAAGGUGUCAAGUGAGGGAGUGACAAUGAGUGCGUGUGUGAGACAGGAGGAUGCGUGUUGUACGCCCGCGUUGAUGCCUUGUGGGCAGCUGUCGGAUGUGCACGAAGGUAUGUCAGCGUGGGCGUUCCAGUCGCUCAUGACAACCCCAUCGAAGCUGAAGUGGCCCUUGAGGAUCUCCGUCAGGUAGUGGUAGUGCUGGUGCAUCUCUAUGCCGUUGAUCUCGUUGAAUGAGGGCAUCGUGCUCAUCACCUCUAUCAGGCAGGGAGGCAGGCACAGAUGCUUUGGCCAAACAGUACUUGUGUACACCCUCGCUUUGAAGCACCCUAUG